AUGGGCAACACGAGCAGCGAGCGCGCUGCGCUGGACCGGCAGGGCGGCCACAAGACACCCCGAAGGGACAGCUCGGGGGGCUCCAAGGAUGGAGACAGGCCCAAGAUCCUGAUGGACAGUCCCGAGGACGCCGACCUCUUUCACUCUGAGGAAAUCAAGGCUCCAGAGAAGGAAGAGUUCCUGGCCUGGCAGCACGAUCUGGAAGUGAACGACAAAGCUCCCGCCCAGGCUCGGCCAACUGUUUUUCGAUGGACAGGGGGUGGAAAGGAAGUUUACUUGUCUGGGUCCUUUAACAACUGGAGUAAACUUCCCCUCACAAGAAGCCACAAUAACUUUGUAGCCAUCCUGGAUCUGCCGGAAGGAGAGCAUCAGUACAAGUUCUUUGUGGAUGGUCAGUGGACACACGACCCUUCCGAGCCAGUAGUCACCAGCCAGCUUGGCACAGUCAACAACAUCAUUCAAGUGAAGAAAACUGACUUUGAAGUGUUUGAUGCUUUAAUGGUGGAUUCCCAAAAGUGCUCCGACGUGUCUGAGUUGUCCAGUUCCCCGCCGGGACCCUACCAUCAGGAGCCCUACAUCUCGAAACCAGAGGAGCGGUUUAAAGCGCCUCCCAUCCUCCCACCGCAUCUCCUCCAAGUCAUCCUAAACAAGGACACGGGCAUUUCCUGUGAUCCAGCUUUGCUCCCUGAGCCCAACCACGUCAUGUUGAACCACCUCUAUGCACUCUCCAUCAAGGAUGGAGUGAUGGUGCUCAGCGCGACCCACCGGUACAAGAAAAAAUACGUCACCACCUUGUUAUACAAACCCAUAUGA